AUGGCCUACCCUGUAUCGCUGACGCUGCCGUCCCAGUAUCCUUAUGUUGCACUAACAGCACUGUGGGUAUAUGACUACAUACUGUGCAUACCCGACGCGGUCGAGUGUAUCGUUAAGUGUCGAUGGGGGCUCGGCACGUUUCUCUAUCUAGCUUGCAGUCACCUGCCCUUCGCCUUCGUGUUACUGAAUAUGCUCACUUUGCCGCUUUAUGAAUUCGCCAAUAUCUGUAUUUUCAUACUCAGAGCAUUUGCAGUAUGGGAGCGGGUGACGUGGCUCGCCAUAUUCGCAAUCGUCAGCGUCAUAGCCUAUUUAGUACCAAUUCUCAUUUACAUUAGGGAAGCUUGGUCGGCCUCUGGGGAAUGCUGGGUUCCUGGCGCUUUGAGGUAUCUGGAUACGGAGAGCGUAUAUGUGAUUUACGGCUUACUGGCUGUCGCUGAGCUAGAAAUAUUGCUUUUUCUGCUCUAUCGUGCCGUUAAGAAUCAUGGUGGUUGGAAAACCGACAAUCGUUUCAUACGUGGUCUCUUGCAACAACAUCUAUUGUAUUUCAGCUGCAGCAUUGCUUUGAUUCUCGGUGUCAUUAUCACAACAUAUUUUCUUCCGAGUUUGUCUAUUCUCAAUUUUGAGGCGAUGGUUACUUGA